AACGAAGAUCUUAAUCGCCGUUGGAGUAAUCCUAAUCCUAUUCUACACCCUAUAAUAUACCACACAAAAGGUCUCAUGGAGUACUGCACCAGGGUGUUACUCAGAUCACCUCACGUCUUCGUGGAUUAUCAUGGACACUCGACAAGGAAAAACGUAUUUCUUUUUGGCUGCUCAAGGUCAGGAUCAUGGAGUACAAGUGAUCGUGCUCUCUCUGCUACCGAUCAACCCGUUCAAUGCCUAAUGCUUCCACGACUCAUGCAAAAAACAUCAGUUGCCUUUGCCUUGUCGUUGUGUUCCUUCAAGGUCGAGAGGAACAAGGAAUCCACGGCCAGGGUCACCAUAUGGCGCCAACUCGGCGUUACAAGAAUCUUUUUUGUUUCAAUUUCAAAAAUUGUUACCAUGACCGGAUUCAUCACAGGAGUUACACGAUGGAAACGAGCUUCUGUGGUUGUGAUCAGGGCUCACUUGCAGGGUCACAUCUUAAUACUAUCCAUUUAAAGAAUGUCGGGAAAGAUUUUUGUGCGGCGAUGGCGGGAUUGAGGGAUAACGAUGAGACCAUGACGAUGGAUGACUCUGGAAAAUUGGAGAGAGAAUCACAAUCCUGCUGUCCGCUGAAUUGCAUACGGGAAAGACGCAACUAUUCAAAGUGCAUUCAAGAAAGACGCGCAGAGUGCCACAUGGUCAGGAAUUGAUGAAGGAGGAAAAAAACCUGCCGAGGAAAAGAGAUUGAAGCCAGGAUCUGAUGAUUAACGAAAUCAUGUUGAAGUUCUAAUCAAAAAUGUUAUACAUCGAACAAAAACUGACGAAAAUUGUUGCAAUUCUAUUAUUUAACCGAUAAUUUUUUUCCAUGAUAAGGUCCAUAUAAUUUUGCCCUUGAUGUUGUCAGUAGUUUUGAUGAAAAAAUUCACCACACAUAAUAAAG